AUGAGCAAGAAGAUCGUUGCGCGCGUUUUCGACUUGGACCCCGCGCUUCAGUGCAUCGCCCAAUGCAUUGCCGCGCCACGCGAUGUCUUGACCUUUCUCUCGGCCUUUCCCACGCUGCCCACGCCGCUGACCGCGCUCCGGCAGUUGCUUUCGAAUCCGCUGGCCGCCAUUCUGGUGCUGGACGCGAUGCCAGUGUUCCCCGCGCUUCAAGUUGACAACCCGUACACGUGGUGGCUCGGAGACCCACGAUCUCUUGACGACUUUGCCCAACUCGUCGAUGCGUGGGGCGAGAAGCUCACGCAUCUCAGGCUGUGCCAUGUUUCCGUGGAAGCUGACCUGCCCAUUCUCAUCGCCCUGCUUGAGCGCUGCACACGCCUCGAGGUUGUUCGCGUCGAGAACGUCCAUGACAAGGAUUUGGUCGCUGCCGUGACCUCGGCGGGGCACUGCGUUCGUCACCUUGACAUCAAGACGACCUACCGGCACGAUGCUGAGGUCGAGUGGGCGGAGCGCCUGCGACCUUGGCUGCGUUCAGGGUAUGCGAGCCACCUGGGCUUUGCCGAUGCCGACGAAGACGGCCGCGACGUGGCCCGCGUGCUCGCCGACGCCAGCUCGCUCUCAAGCCUGGACUUGACGAUCUGGUCUAUGCCACCCGUGCAGGACGCCGAGCCGCGUUUGGAAAACGUCACGAAGGUGCGCGUCCUCGACUUCUCGACCGACGGGCUCUUUACAAGUUGGCUUUUUGGGCGCCUCUACCUUGGCUCGCUCGUCUCGAUUUCCUUUGCGUGCGACAGCGUCGUCAGCGUCGACUUCAGCGACAUUUUUUCUGCCCUUCCCCUACUCCAAGAGCUCGAGGUGUGCAAUGCGCACAUUGUGCACGUCGAGCCGCCGCCCGCCGUCAUUUCGACUGCGCUACGGCGUGUUGCAUUUAUCAAUGUGGGCUUUUUCCUCGCUUCACUGGAUGCGCUCGUCGCUUGCAUCUCCCAUUCGCCGGUGCUCGAGACUCUGACGUGGAGCGAUAGCACGAGUUGCGCGCCUGUCAUUGUCGACGCUUUUGUGACGUUUGGGAGCCAGUGGGUCGGCCAAGGCGUCCGGGAGGUGGACCUUGUCAACCACGCGAUCGGCAAUAAAGAAGCGUCGUCACUGGCGGUGGCGCUAUGUGGCGCCAGCAGUCCCACGGGCUGUCGCUUCGACCUCACGCAAAACCACAUUGGCGAGGAAGGCUACGUGGCUCUGCUCGACGCUCUCACCACGUGCACCCGCGUCACGCUGUGGCUCGACCCAAACUGGGCGCCACUGGCAGCGGAGGCAGCGACGCGCAACCUUGUCGUACAAGACAUGGUCAUUUGGCAUUACCCCGUGCUUGGUGUCCCGAACCCGGUGGUCUGCGUCUCGUCGCAAUCGACUCUCGGCUAGAGAUCCUUGCAUGCUUGCUCUAAUGAUGCCAAGUAGCAGUGGAUAAGGCACGUACAAAUGAG